GGGAACACCGUAAAUCUUUUUCGUUUUCUGUGGGAUCUGUUGAACGCUACAAAGGGUUCGUCGUCUUAUUAAAGCUGUCUCAUUCAUUUCGAAGAACAUUUGGUUCGUAUCAACAGCGUUCGCACGAUGGUUGUGCUGCAUCGUCGCCGGAGAAAAGAGGCGCUGGUUUGGCUGUUGGCCGGUCUGCUUGGAGUCUGCAUGGCAUUUGGCCCAAGCAAAGCUGAGGAGGAAGAUUAUGAGGAUGUUCCCAUCAAUAAAACUUGGGUUUUAUCACCAAAGGUCUACGAGAAUGAUGUCACCCUUAUCCUAAAUAAAUUACUGCAGGGUUAUGACAACAAACUGAGACCAGAUAUUGGAGUGAGACCCACUGUGAUCGAGACGGCGGUGUAUGUGAACAGCAUUGGCCCAGUAGAUCCCAUCAAUAUGGAGUACACCAUAGACAUCUUCUUUGCUCAGACGUGGUACGACAGCAGACUUAAAUUCAACAGCUCCAUGAAUCUCCUCAUGCUCAACAGCAACAUGGUUGGAAAAAUCUGGAUCCCUGACACAUUUUUCCGAAACUCACGUAAAUCUGACGCCCACUGGAUCACAACACCCAAUCGCCUUCUCCGCCUUUGGAGCAAUGGAAGAGUGAUGUACACUCUAAGGUUGACUAUUAAUGCGGAAUGCUACCUUAAGCUGCAUAACUUUCCCAUGGAUGAACAUUCGUGCCCUCUGGAGUUUUCAAGCUAUGGGUAUCCAAAGAAUGAGAUCCAGUAUAGAUGGCAGCGUCGUUCAGUUGAGGUUGCAGACCAGCGGUAUUGGAGGCUUUACCAAUUUGCCUUUGUCGGCCUACGAAAUACGUCUGAUGUGGCAAAUACUCAGUCUGGGGAGUAUGUUGUUAUGACCAUUUUCUUUGAUCUGAGCCGGAGAAUGGGCUACUUCACCAUCCAGACCUACAUUCCCUGCAGUAUGAUUGUAGUUCUGUCCUGGGUCUCUUUCUGGAUCAACAAGGAUGCUGUACCAGCCAGAACAUCUCUAGGUAUCACAACUGUGCUCACCAUGACAACCCUAAGCACCAUAUCUAGGAAGUCCCUGCCAAAGGUGUCUUAUGUGACAGCCAUGGAUCUUUUCGUGUCUGUCUGCUUCAUCUUCACCUUUGCUGCUCUAAUGGAAUAUGGGACUCUGCACUACUUCACAAGCAAUCGCCAGAACAAGAAGACCAAAUCAAGUCAUGCACAGAAACCCAGCAUGGUGAACAUCAGACCAGGAACAUCCCUGCUGCAGAUGAACAACAUUGCUCCCUAUCAUGAAGAUGACGAUUAUGCAUAUGAAUGUCUGGACGGGAAAGACUGCACCAGUUUCUUCUGCUGCUUUGAUGAUUGUCGCACAGGAGCCUGGCGUGAGAACAGAAUGCACGUCCAUGUCUCCAAAAUCGACUCUUACUCUCGGAUAUUCUUCCCAACUGCAUUUGGCCUCUUUAACCUCGUCUACUGGAUUGGGUAUCUGUAUCUUUAAAGAUGUUGUGCAAGUGGGAGAGGGACUCGAUUCUAGUAAUAUUUGCUAAGCCAUUUGUUAAUUCUCCAUCCACUCAAUCUGGCAGCAUAAGUCAUUGAGAGAAAGGGAUGCGUGAGACCUGAAUGUUGGAUGUCUUAAUACUUGAUGUGUCUUUUAUUGUACCUAGUAUCAGAUUUAUUCAGCCUGAUCUCAUAAACAUUAUGUGACUGAGGCAACAUAUUUGCAAAAUGAAAUGAUGUGGUUCAUUACACGUAUCACGGAAGUUCUGAGGUGAAAUGUCCCCUGUGUGGCGCUAAAAUGUAAUUAAUUGUUCUACCUAACAGAUGAGGUUUUUAAGGCUAAUGCUCUAUCUAAAUCAGCAAAACCUAAACCUUAAACCUAAAUCUAACUCACAUUGUCAUUAAAAGCUAAUUUAAGAUGAAAAAUAAGUGUUGAAGCAACCAUGUCUUUUUGUGGUGCUUCUAUGACAAUUUUGGCUCACGUGUGGACUCGCAUGCUCUUCAGUACAACACUCUGUCAGCAGAGCUUCAAUGCAACUUGAUCACACUCGAAUAAACUUGUAAAUAAAGUUGGUUAUGUAAUGCAAAAGUCAAAUUGUAUCACCUUACAAGCAGGGUUGCCAAAUUGCAUUUCGUAUUGAAUCUAUAUGGGACGCCAUAUGUCCAAUAUUUUGGUGUCUCACACCCUGCUGAGAACAUUUCACACAUUGAGAGAAAUAGACCUGAAACACAGACAUCUUUCACAUGAGUUGUGUGAGAUAUCAGCUGCUGCUUUACACAGAUGCUAAACUGUCCAGCAUUUGGCUGGUAGAAAGCUGACAACUCUACUCAUAAGUCAUGCGCUAUAGUAAAAGUGUGCUGAUGUCUUAAGAAAGCAUUUUGUAAGGGAUAGAGCGAAAAGUACAGUAAGUGUUUAUGAACUGAUAAUCAGCUGUUUUACUCAUGAUUUGUAUGAAAGUGAAUAAAAGUUAUUAUUGUUAUUUUACCAGGAAACUGCCAUGAUAUGUACAAUGAGCCACAAAAUCUUAUUUGCAAAAUGUAGUUAUGGUAACGUGAUUCUGUGAGACCAGGUUGGAUUUAUUGCAGGAUUAGAAUCUUAUAUAGAAGGUCUACUGUGGUUCUGCAUUGUUGCAAACUGAAUAUUACCAGCAGCAGCCUUUGUUUUUGCAAAGGAAAUGCUAAAAGUUUGAUUUCAUUAAUGGCCAUAUCAAACAGAUUUCAUCUAACUUGAAAAUGAUCUCUUGAAAACCAUCAAAACACCUGCAGAUUUUUUAAACUGCAAAGUGCAGAAAUUCUAGUAUCACUAUUGUAGCUAUGAGAUAACCGCAGGGUAUUAUCUCUCUGGUUAUUAUUUCCAGUGAAAAAUAGGUGGUAAGAAAAAUAUGAUGAUAUCAGCUUCUGACACUAAUUUGCCAAGAUAAUGAAGUCAUCAUACAGCUCAUAUAGCUGUCAGAAAAAUAUUACAUACUGUGUGUUAAUAUUUUAGGAGGUUUUUAUUUCUACAGUAAAUGCAUUUAUAUGUGAAGUACCUGAAUUUAACUCAGUACUAAACAAACCAAAGCAUAGAUGUCUGAAGAUUAAACAGUUGAAAAGAAUUUGAAGAUUUGCUCAAGAAUUAUCCAUCCAGAAGCCAUUUUACUUGGAAUUAGCCUAUAAUGAUACUGUGAAAUGUUCUUGACUUGAACUAAGCUGUCUCUGCAAUAGCUGACAAAAAAUAAAUGCCAAUGUGCCCAACAAAGAAGGGUUCCAAAUGAGCAUGUGUACAUUUUUAUACAUUAACAAAUAGGAAUACAGUAGCCAUUACAAUUUACAGCUGUUCAGAGUCAUUAGUUAGAGUAGCCCACAGGCUCAAACUCAUCUCUCCUAUCUGUAUUCAAGUGAGCAUUUUAUCUCUCUUUGCAAAUAGUUAGAUGUCUGUGAUCUUUGUGUUAGUGUAAUUGCAUGACUCAUCUGAGCUCCUAUGACUAAGCAGUCCAUAUUUGGAAAUCAGUCUGACGAACUCUCUUCAGGAGGAAAAGGGGCUGAAAAAGCUCUGUUGACAGCUCCGUCAGACAGUCUUCAUAACACAAACCAUGGAUGCCUUCUGCACAGUACUAGACUUAAGUCAAGAGGUCAUUUAUGAUGGUUUUGUGUUACAUGUGGAAAAUUAGUUGCUUAAUCUGAUCUCAGAGCCUUUCUGAUCAAAUAAUCUGAUCUCAGACUAUUUGAUUUGCAGAGAUGGAUUAAUAGAGAAUAGAAAACUGCAGUAGCUGUGUGUGCAAGCAAACUGAGAUAGCAUACUAUGUCUUGACCCUACUCUCAAAACAUCUGUGUACAAAUUGUAUUUGUCAUCUUUUUUUUUUUUUUUUUUUUUUUUUUUUUGCAAUCUCCUGGUGUGCUUUCAGCUGUUGCUUGCUUGUUUUAUUUAAAUGCUUACACGUGGUAUGUCUUUUGCUGGAUGUUAUAUUAGGCUCACAAGCCUUUAUUAUAGAGACUGCUCUAUCGUCUCCAUUUUGAACAUCUGUUAUAUAGUAGAGCUGUACAUUACUCUGUUUUGUGCCCUGUAGUUGAAUCUAUCUGAAUAAUAUUUGCCUUUCUUCAUGACAGCCUCACAGUUUUUGAACUCAUGCAACAAAAGCAAAAGCCAGAUAGUAGUAGAAAUAAAAAAGAAAUAUAUAGAAAUAAAAUCUAUGAAUUUAUUUGUAUAUAAAUAGAUUAUUACAAGGAUAUGUAUUAAACACAGUCUGUUUCAGGCUGUUCUUACCAUAUAAUACAAAAUGAUAACCUUCAGUUAUCUGUGGUGAGCGUGUGCAUGUGUGUGUAUCUUUGUGAGUGUGUAUUCAAAGCAGACUCUGUCUCCAACUAUACAUCUCUGUCUGUUUUGCCCUCCAGUUGUUCUGGAUGUUGUUGCCAUGUCCUCUGUUAGUGCUAAACAUCAUGCUCUUAAUGUGUACACACAUUUUUGUAGCUCUGAACACUGUGAGUAAUAAAACAGUGCCUGCAAAACAUUAAU